AUGAAAAUUAGCGCACCUUCCUGUACUCGAACUCGCAGUCACGGAGAAUGGAGAACAAAGAAGAAAAAGAAUCGACGGAAAAACCAGAAGAAGAAGACGAUGAUGAUGGGCCCCCGCCCGGCUGGCAACAACCCAUUCUUCCUCCACCAGCACCAGCGUCCGCAGCACCGCAGCUGCGGCCUUCUUCUUCUGAAAUGGCUCAAAUGGUUUGUGGUUCUUGUCGGCGAUUGCUUGCAUAUCCACAAGGGGCUAAAUAUGUGAAAUGUUCGUGUUGUCAGACAAUUAACUUUGUGCUAGAAGCACACCAGGUUGGGCAAGUUAUGUGCACAAGUUGUGCAGUGUUGUUGAUGUAUCCUUACGGAGCUCCAUCAGUUAGGUGUUCCACCUGUCAUGUUGUGACAGAAAUUGGGGAUCAUAAUAGGCGUCCCCCUUGGUCCGUACAACAGGGCCAACCCACCCCUCCUGGCCCAGCAUGUUGAAAGCCAUUUUCUUCGCUGGAUAUGGAUUUUUAUUUUCAUCUUUCUUGAUACCAUACCAAAAACUGUUUAUUCUCUAAAUGUGAAGUUUCUGUACAUCAAUGUACAGGAAAAGUUAAUGUUAUUGCACAGUAAUAACUUUGUGAGAUUUUUCA